AUGGAAAACUACAACGAUGACCUCUACCCAUUGGCGUUGCUAAUGGACGAAUUGAAGCACGACGACGUGUCCAAUAGAGUCGAGGCUAUGGAGAAGUUGGACACCAUCGCUAUCGCCUUGGGACCCGAAAGAACCCUCAAGGAACUCAUUCCGUUUCUUAACGACGUGGCCCAAGACGACGAAGAGGAAGUGUUUGCCGUUCUUGCAGCCAAGCUCGGUGACUUCGUGCCCUUGAUCGGUGGCACAGCUCACUGCCUGCCUUUGAUCGAGAUCUUGACCAUUUUAGUGCUGAUGGAAGAGCCUAUAGUCCGCGACAAAGCCAUUGACUCGUUGAACAACAUCAGCUUGGAGUUGUCGGACGCCGAACUUGCCGAGGUGUUCAUCCCGUUGGUUCAGUCCUUGAGCCAGGGCAACUGGUUCUCCAAGAAGAUCGCCAGUUGCGGCUUGUACAAAUCGGUGCUCGUCAAGGUGCCAGCAGCCGCCAGAAUCGAGUUGUUGAACCUGUACCUCAAGCUAAUCACCGACGACUACCCCAUGGUUAGAAGAAGCGCAGCCACUAACUUGCCCGAAUUGAUCAACUUGUUGACUACGUUCACCUCCGCCAACCCCAACCAUGACAACAAGGUCAACAACGAGGACUGGGAGAUCAUCAGCAAGAUGUUCCACCAUCUCAUCAACGACGAUCAAGACUCGGUCAAGUUCUUGAGCAUCGACGUGUUGAUCGCCAUCUUGGAGUUCUUCAAGAACAUUGGUGAGGACAGCUUCAACUCCGACUUCUUGACCUCGGCGUUGAAGCUCAUCAGCGACGAGCUGUGGCGCGUCAGAUACACGGCUGCCGACAGAUUCAGCAAGAUAGCCGAGAACUUCGAGUCGAAGGAAGAGGAGUUGUUCCAGCUUAUCGACCCUUUCAUCAAGUUGAUGAACGACAAUGAGGGAGAGGUCAGAAAGGCCGUGUGCAAGCAGUUGCCUGAGUUCUGCCACUUGUUGAUAAAGUACAAGUCCACCAAGGCCACCAUUUUGUCCAAGAUCAUCCCCGUUUUGAACGACUUGUCGCAAGAUAACCAGGAAAACGUCAGAGCUUCGUUGGCUUCGAGCAUAACCAAGUUGUCCCCCAUCUUGGAAAGGCAGUCCACCAUCGACAAGUUGUUGCCUAUCUUCUUGACAAUGUUGAAGGACGAGUUCCCAGACGUCAGAUUGAACAUCAUCUCCAAUUUAUCUGUGGUCAACGAAACCAUCGGUAUCAAUCUUUUGUCCACCAACUUAUUGCCAGCUAUAACCGAAUUGGCUCAGGACCACAAAUGGAGGGUCAGAUUGGCCAUCAUUGAAUACAUGCCCAAGUUGGCUAAUCAAUUGGGCGAGUCCUUCUUCAAAGACGAAUUGUUGUCGUUGUGUAUGUCGUGGUUGUGGGAUCCUGUGUUCGCCAUCAGAGACGCUGCCGUCAAGAACUUGAAGGAAUUGACCACCAUCUUCGGCUCUAACUGGGCCAACUCCGAGAUCAUCAACCGUCUCUUGAACAACGACGACAAGAUCGACGAAGACGAUAAGAUUGAUUACUCCAAUUUCAUCAUUAGAAUUACCUGUUUGUUUGCCAUAACAAGCUUGAUUCCAGUAAUUGACUACGAGAUCAUCGAGGCCAAGAUUUUGCCAUUCAUCAACAGCUUGAUCGUGGAUGCUGUUCCCAACAUCAGAUUCAACGUUGCCAAGUCGUACCUUGUGAUCGUAGAGAGCUUGGUCAAGAGCAACACCGUUGGUAAAGAUGAAUUGCACAAGUUGAUCAACACCGAGAUCCUUCAAAACUUGGAGAAGUUGCAAAACGACGAGGAUGUGGAUGUCAGGUUCUAUUCUAGCAAGAGUAUCAGAGGCAUUAAUGAGAUCUUAGCCUAG